AUGGCCGUAGUGCCUCCGCCAGGAUGUGAGCACUGUUCGAGAAGCCAGAUCAAAGAGCUGGGCUCUGUGGCUAGGGCUGUCAACCAGACGUACUUGACAAAGUCAGAGUUGGAUACAACGCUGUUGGUCCUCAAUAUCCGUGCCGACGAUACCGCCCAGGCCGAGAAUAUUCAAACAGUCCUAUGGACACUAGUCGUUCUCUCAGCAGUGUUUCUUGGGUUGAGGAUAUACUGCAAAAUAUCCUACACGUACACAAAGAUCCGGAUCGAGGACAUUCUCCUGGUUGCCUCCUGGCUGGUCCUAGCAUCAGAUGCCGCACUUAAUGAGUUCAUCAUCAAAUCCCGAUUCGGUCGGCCCGACUUCCCCAUUACGGUUGAUAACAUCACGGUAUUAGCCAUUGUUGGCCUUUCUUCCAUUACCUGCUCCUUUGUCGGCCAAGUCUGGAGCAAGACUGCCUUCGCCAUAUCAUUGUUACGGAUGUGCGAUGGAUGGAAGAAAGCUUUUGUGUGGUUUUCAAUCAUUUCUAUGAACGUACUCUUUGCGUUCUCCUCCUUGUCAUUUUGGAUUGGGUGUGUCCCAUUGGAAAAGAGAUGGAAGCCUUUCGCCGAUGGAACUUGCUACGAUCUCAAGUGGGUUGUUUCGUUCGGGAUUUUCGUCAGUGGUAAGACAGCGUCCAACCUACUCACCCCAGGCUUCCUGAGCUAUGCUAAGCUCUUACUAGUCUACUCCGGCCUUCUCGAUAUCGCCUUGUCUAUCAUCCCAUGGCUCAUUCUUAUGCGGCCCAGGCCGGCCGAGGAGUCAUCGGGUCUUACUCUGAGCAAGAAGGAGAAGAUCGGUGUGUCUGUGGCGUUGAGUAUGGGAGUGUUGGCCGGAAUGGCAGCGUUUGUUAAAGCAUCGUACAUGCGUUCAGUAAAUGAUACCACUGGUGAUUUUUCUCACGGAGGAGCAGAGUUGGCCGUCUGGGCUGGGGCUGAGACAGCCAUUACGAUCAUGGCGUCGACUAUUCCCGUACUGCGGGUUUUGCUGCGUGAUACAGCAAUCAAGACCAAGUAUCUUCCCGAGGCUAUUAAAAUGAGGGUUCGAAGCACGGUUAGAAGAUCGGAGAGAGCGUCCGGAAGACCUGUGGCGCAGCCUGAGGAAGACAAGAUUCCUAUUGUCUCAUCAGGUGCUUCAAUGUCAACUGCCGGAGCCUCGUCCACUUCAUCGGGCUCAACUGUGGACUCUCAGAAGACACUGAUAUCCAAGAAUCCGGAUAUCCGGAAGAAAUGA